AUCCCGUAGAGGCUGCCAUGGAAGAAAGAAACGGCUCACCCAGGAAAAGAAUCGUUUCGUUUCGUUUCGUUUAUUGUGGGGGCUGCUCGUUGAACUCCAUUGUCGCUGAGCUUCUGAAAGCUUCCUACUCUGUUUCUAUCCAUACGUACGUCUUGACCCAGUUCAAAAGAUAGAGUAUAUAGCGAGAGAAAGCACAAAAAUUCCCCUUUUGGGUGAUGAAACAGAGACCACUUAACCAAGAAAAUUUUUCUUAUGAUCUAAGAUGCCAGAUAUAGUGCUUAAAGCUGGGAGCAGGCCGCCGUGGGUGGGAUUAGCAGCAGCUGCAUGGGUGCAGGUGGCUGCAGGGAAUGGCUACAACUUCCCACUCUACUCAACUGCGCUUAAAUCAGUGCUUGGAUUCAACCAGCAGCAGAUAACAAUUCUUGGAGUGGCUAAUGAUAUUGGAGAAAAUGUUGGUUUGAUCCCUGGUAUUGUCAUCAACAAGUUGCCGCCUUGGGCUGUGCUUUCUGUGGGUGUUGUUCUUUGUUUCUUGGGGUAUGGCAUUCUUUGGCUUGCUGUUAGCCAAACCGUUCCUAGUUUGCCUUAUUGGCUGCUAUGGCUUGCACUUGUUGUUGCCACUAAUAGCAAUGCAUGGUUUGGCACAGCUGUGCUUGUAACCAAUAUGAGAAACUUCCCUCUCAGCAGGGGUACUGUUUCUGGCAUUCUCAAAGGUUAUGUUGGAAUCUCUGCUGCAGUUUAUACUGUACUUUUCAAUAUGGUGCUUGGUGACUCUGCUUCAAAGCUUCUGCUAUUCCUUGCACUUGGCAUUCCUAUUAUAUGUCUAGCAAUGAUGUUCUUUGUUCGGCCCUGUACUCCAGCCUCUGGAGAAGACUCUUCUGUCCAUGUCCAUUUUGUUUUCACCCAAGCUGCAAAUGUCGUGCUUGCCCUUUAUCUUCUCAUAUCCACUGUAAUCAGUGAUGUGAUUCCUUUAAGUGAUACUGUUUCAUACAUAUUAGUUGCCAUAAUGAUUAUUAUUUUGAUUUCUCCUCUUGCAAUUCCUGUCAAAAUGACUCUUUUUCCUGCAAGGCCUAAGAACAGUAUCCCAGCAACCGGCUCUUCAAACCAGCUGGUUUCAGCUGAAGGUGACUUGGCCCCAACAGAUCCUUUGUUGACACCAUCUUCAUCAGCUUCAUAUCUUGGAAGUUUUCUUGAUAGUGAAGAUGCUUCAGAUGUAGAAAUACUUCUAGCUAUGGGAGAGGGAGCAGUGAAGAAGAAAAGGAAACCUAAGAGAGGGGAGGAUUUUAAAUUUGCUGAGGCUUUAAUCAAGGCUGAUUUCUGGCUUCUUUGGGUGGUAUACUUUCUUGGAGUUGGUUCUGGAGUUACCAUUCUCAAUAAUUUGGCCCAAGUUGGAGUUGCAUAUGGUCUUGAUGAUACAACAAUAUUGCUUGCUCUCUUCAGCUUUUGCAAUUUUGUUGGCCGUCUUGGCUCGGGUGCUGUCUCUGAGCACUUUGUCAGGUCAAAAGCAAUUCCUCGAACUUUUUUUAUGAUAUGUGCACAAACAAUCAUGGUUGUGAUAUUCAUUCUAUUUGCAUUAGCUCUUGAUGGUAUUCUUUACGCUGCAACUGCUAUGAUCGGCAUCUGCUAUGGUAUUCUAUAUUCUGUAAUGGUGCCAACUGCCUCAGAACUCUUUGGCUUGAAACAUUUUGGCAUAAUUUAUGCCUUUAUGUUGCUGGGAAAUCCUAUUGGUGCACUUCUUUUCUCAGGGCUGCUUGCUGGUUCUGUGUACGAUGCAGAAGCUACUAAGCAAGGAAGUUCUACCUGUGUAGGUCCUGAUUGCUUCAAGGUCACAUUCCUGGUUCUAGCCGGUAUCUGUGGGUUGGGCACCAUCUUGAGCAUAAUCCUCACUGUUAGAUUGCGGCCGGUUUACCAAAUGCUUUAUGCAGGGGGUUCUUUUCGCCUACCACAAUCUUCAGGCCAUUAGCUACAAAUGGCUGCGUAUGGUGCAAAUUACUGAUAAAUUAAUCUCCUCCAAGUAAGAAUAUCUUCAAUAGAUAUGUUUGGGGGGCAUAUUCAUGUAAUUUCAAAUUGUUAUAUUCCCCUAUAGAGAUGAUUUCGAUUGUGUAUUAAUGAUAUUAUAGGUCUAUUUAGCAUUGUUAUUAAAUAACCAUUAAGAAAUUUACCUUCUUAAGUAUAA